UUUUGUUUUUGCUUUUUUUCAAUGCAACACGACGAAGUUAUUUGGAGUGUGAUUAACAAUCACUUUUGCUCGUUCAAAGUGAAGACGCAGACGCAGACAUUCUGUCGGAAUGAGAACAACAUUACUGGUCUGUGCAACCGACAGAGCUGCCCGCUCGCCAACAGCCGCUACGCCACCAUCAAAGAGCAGAAUGGCAUCCUUUAUCUCUACAUGAAAACUAUCGAACGCGCACACAUGCCGUCGCAACUCUGGGAGCGCGUCAAGCUCUCCAAGAACUACGAGAAGGCCCUCGAGCAGAUUGACACAAACCUGGCAUACUGGCCAAAGUACAUUGUGCACAAGAACAAGCAGCGCUUCACCAAGAUCACCCAGAUGCUCAUUCGCAUGCGCAAGCUCAAGCUCAAGUCGCAGGAGAAGCUUGUGACGGUGAACAAGAAGGUUGAGCGCCGCGAAGCUCGCCGCGAAGAGAAGGCGCUCGUUGCCGCACACAUUGAGCAGUCGAUCGAAAAGGAGUUGCUCGAGCGCUUGCAGAAGGGCACCGUCUAUGGCGACAUUUACAACUUCCCCACGCAGGCAUUCGAGAAGGCCCUGGACGAACAAGAAAUCGAGGACGCCGAGCUUGAAGAAGACCAAGACGACGACGACAACAGCGGCAACCGCGAGUUUGUGGAAGAUUUCGACGACGAAAACGACUAUAUCGACGAUCUCGAGGACGGGCAAGAGUUUGAGUUUGAGGAAGAGGACGGCGACGACGACAUGAUGGAAAUCGACGAGGACGAUGACGGCAACGACGAUGACGACGGUGAAGACAUGGACGAUAUGGACGACGACGACGAUGACGAGGAUGAAGACGACGACGUCGCCCCUGUCCAAACGCGCCGCGGUGCUGCUGCCGCUGCUUCUAGCAAUAAGGCGCUUCGCGGCAAGGCUGCUGCUGGCGUCGACAAAUUCAUGGCAGAGCUGGCCCAGAAGGCACAGGCUGCCGCUGCCAAGAAGGGUGGCAAGCCACCAGUAUCGUCCGGCAAACCAUCGGCCGCAGAUGUCGCACCACGGCGAUCAACCCGAGGAGCCGCCGCCCCUGCACAGCCACCAAAAGGGGCCAAGCGACGUGGAGGCGCUGCUGGUGGCCGCGUCGAAAUUGAAUACGAGCAUGAGGACGAGCAUGGUCUCCGCCAAACACAAUGGUAGUCAUUCUACGUGUCUACCUAGCUUUUGUCGUCCUUGUGUUAAGAUACUGUACUCGUUCCAAAACUUAUUACAAAAAAUUCGCUUCAUGACA